UGUAGAGCUGAUAUGCUUACGCCUUUUCGAUCAUCAUUCUUGAGCUCUACUAAAAGAUUGGCCAUUUUCAGCCAUGUGCGAGCUCUCAUUAACUCGCUGUCAAAUCUUGAACUUCGAAAUGAUGAUCAUUUUAAGCAAUGCUACUACGUCGGUCAACCCAAAAGGGAGUGCUUUACGUUACCCAGAAUAGAUUAUACCCUGGAUCCAGAAGUAGCAAGGUCAAAUUUGAUGAUCACAAGGCUAUGCAAAGAGGGUCGUGUCAUUGAAGCACGAGGAGUGUUUGAUGAAAUGCCUGACCCAGAUGUCAUUUCCUGGACAGCUAUGAUUUCGGGGUACAUAAGCUGUGGCAUGAUUAAUGAAGCUCGGGAGUUGUUUGAUAGAGGUGAUGCUAAGAGAAAUGUUGUAACUUGGACAGCUAUGGUUGCUGGGUAUAUGAGGGGGAAUCAAAUUGUAGAUGCUGAGAGGCUUUUCAAAGAGAUGCCGGAAAAGAAUGUGGUAUCUUGGAAUAGUAUGAUUAAUGGGUAUGUGAAAGCUGGUAGAAUUGAUGAGGCUUUGGCGUUUUUUGAGAGUAUGGAAGAGAGGAAUGUGGUUUCCAGGAAUAUGGUCAUUGGAGGACUAACUCAAUGUGGGAGGGUUGAUGAGGCAUGGAGGAUUUUUGAUCAAAUGCCAGAAAGGAAUGUGAUCUCUUGGACUACCAUGAUUUCUGGGUUGUCGAGCAACGGGAGAGUAGAUGAGGCAAGAAUGCUUUUUGAGGGGAUGCCAGAGCGGAAUGUAGUUUCCUGGAAUGCAAUGAUUACUGGGUACAUAAAGAAUUUGAGGUUUGAUGAAGCAUUUGAACUGUUUGAGAGGAUGCCCGAAAAGAGUGUCCUUUCCUGGAAUACAAUGAUCUCAGGUUUUAUAGAAAACAAGGACCUGAACAGUGCAAGAAUGCUGUUCAAUGAAAUGCCAAGAAAAGAUGUAGUUUCUUGGACAUUGAUGAUUAAUGGGUCUGUGCAGAACGGCCAAAGUGAGAAAGCCAUAGAAACUUUUAGUGAUAUGCAGUGGGAUACCCGAGUAAAACCAAAUGAAGGGACGUUCGUUUGUGUUUUGAGUGCUUGUAGUGACUUAGCUGGUCUGGGUGAAGGGAUGCAAAUUCACCAAGUAAUUAGCAAGACAGUUUAUCAAGAUAACCAACCGGUCAUUUCUGGACUUAUUGACAUGUAUUCAAAAUGUGGAGAGCUGUCAACUGCCAGGAAAAUGUUUGAUGAUGGAUUAAGAGGCCAGAUGGAUCUGGUCUCUUGGAAUGGAAUGAUUGCAGCAUAUGCUCACCAUGGAUGUGGUAGGGAAGCAAUCAAUUUGUUCAACGAUAUGCAAAAGAUGGGGUUCAGACCAAACGAUGUAACUUAUGUGGUGUUGCUCGCUGCCUGCAGCCAUUCGGGAUUGGUUGAGGAAGGGUUAAAUUACUUUAUUCAGCUUAUGAGAGAUGAAUCCGUAGAGGUUGGUGAUCAUCACUACUCAUGCCUCAUCGAUCUCUGCAGUCGAGCAGGAAACCUCAAAGAGGCUUAUCGAUUCAUGGAACAACUCCAAUCAAAGCUACCUGCAAAGAUUUGGGUAGCUCUUCUUUCCGGAUGUAACGUUCAUGGGGACCAAGAAACCGGGAAAUUGGCAGGAGAAAAACUCCUAGAGGUAGACCGGGUGGCUGCAGAAAGUUCGAGUACUUAUAUGCUGCUAUCGAACAUAUAUGCUUCAAGUGGGAACUGGAAAGAAGCUGCAAAACUGCAGGGGAAAAUGAAGGAUAGAGGAUUGAGAAAGCAGCCAGGUUGUAGCUGGAUUGAAGUAGCAAAUAGGGUUCAUGUUUUUGUGGCUGGUGAUAGAUCUCAUGAUGAAACUGAGCUGCUUUAUUCUUUGCUAGGUAGUCUUCAUAUGAAAAUGAAAAGGGCUGUUUUCUUUACUACACACAAUUUCAUAUUUGAAGAUGAUUUUGCAUUCAUUUGACCUUUGGCCUUUCAUUAAUGGUUGAAAUAUGAAUCAACCAAACAGUUCAAUGCAAUAUUGUUAAUAGAGAGAGACAUAAGAUA